AUGAAGUUCUUCUUUUUGAUACAAUUGACGAUAAUCUUUUGGAAUAAAGUUGUUCACAAUGCAGAUUUACGUGUUGUUUGUUAUUAUACCAAUUGGUCAUUAUAUCGCGAAGCAAUGCCAACACUUUAUCCUGAUCACAUCGAUCCGUUUUUAUGUACGCACAUACAUUAUGCAUUUGCAGACAUUGAUCCAUUAACGUUGGCGAUUACGCCAAUCGAAGAACAUGAUAUUCAUUGGACAGAUCGAUCGGGAACGCCACUUUAUAUAAGAAUGUAUGGGUUAAAACGACGAAAUCGAAGUUUGAAGAUUAUUCUAUCGGUGGGAGGAUGGUCAGCAAGAAGUAAAGGUUUUAAUGCAAUAUUAAGAAGUGAUAAUACACGUGCAAAAUUUAUUAAUCAAACGAUCGCUUUUCUCAAAGAAUGGGAAUUCGAUGGAUUGGAUCUUGAUUGGGAGUUUCCGGGCUCACGCGAUCGUGAUGCGGAACCUGACAGUAAACUCAAAUUCAAUAUUCUAGUUCAAGAAUUACGGCAAGCCUUUGAAGAGGAAGCUGGUGGAAUGAAUAAAACAAAUCGAUUAUUAUUAACAGCAGCUGUUGCCUCCGAUCCAAAGAAAAUCGAUGAAGGUUAUAUCGUCGACGAGUUUUGCAACUCAUUGGAUUAUAUCAAUGUUAUGACAUAUGAUUACCAUGGUGAGGAAAGAUCUUGCUUUGAAAUGAAUUUUCACGGAAAGUUUUUAGGAAAGUGGGAUUUGGUUACAGGUAUUAAUAGUCCAUUGUAUAGAAGUCAUGCAGAAUUAGAAGAUCAUGAGGAUUGGAAAAAUUCAAAUUCGUCAAUCUCCUAUUGGAUUAAUCACGGAUGUCCACCAUCGAAAAUGAAUCUCGGUUUGGCUCUGUAUGGACGAUCAUUUACAUUAACUGAUCAUCAGAAUACUUCAAUUGGCGCAAAGACCAUCGAAGGUGGUGGAGAAGCUGGGCCGUAUACAAAAGACAAAGGAAUUCUUGCGUAUUUCGAGAUCUGUCAAAAGUUGCGCGCCCAUAAUUGGACAACCGAAUGGGAUUUAGAUUCUCAAUCUCAAUAUGCUUAUUCGGAUACAGGUCAAUGGGUUGGAUACGAUUCACUUCGAAGUGUUACACUAAAAGUCAUCUGGGCGAAGACAAUGGGACUUGGUGGUGCGAUGCUAUGGUCGUUAGAUUACGAUGAUUACACAGGCUUAUUUUGCAAUCGUGGUGAAUUUCCAUUUACUCGUCGUGUCUAUGAGACGAUGUUUGAUUCUAUUUUAACCACUUCGACCUUGUCUAUAACAAACGAAUCCCAAAUAACGACGACAACAAAGACAGUAGUUCUCUCAACAAAUACCUCCAAAUUUUCAUUAUCAUCAUUCAAUCGAACGAGUAAACCGAACUUCGUCGUUGUGCUCAGUCCAUCGCAUCGAACAAAGAGCAUAUCGGAUUCUCGUAUGGUCAAUGAGGCCGGUGACCAUUUUCAUCUAUUAAACUCGCUCUUCUUAUUAUUAUUUCUAUCGGUGUUUCAUUUCCUCGAAUAA